AUGUGCACAAACAUUUUAUGAGAGAAUUAAGAAUUAUAUAUAAAGCUAAGAGCUAAACUGAGGUCUUUUGAUAGAUCCAAUAAUGUCUGGUAUAGGCGGAUCACGAAGAGGGGCUAGUAAGAAUAGACCCAGCAACGUCAUAUAUGAAGAGAUCGUGCCUGAUUUCGAGUGGAUUGAGGAUCCAACUAAUCAUUGGCUUGGUCUUGAAGUUCCAGGGUUCAGAAGGGAGGAGGUGAAACUUGAAGUUAACACUUAUGGGCUCAUAAAGAUUGGUGGAGAAAGGAAGAUGAGUGAGAUAAAGUAUAUAUGGUUUGAGCAAACUUUCCAGGCCCCACAAAAUUCAAAACCUGAGGAUUGCAGAGUGGGGCUGGAAGAAGGGAUUUUCUAUGUUCAGAUACCCAAGAAGGCAACACACAGAGUUCAUGCUUCUAAAGAAGAUGCAGAUCAUCAAAAGGGCAAAAAGGUAAAUGACACAACUGAAAAAAUUCCACCUAAUUCUACCCCUACUAAACCACCCAGAGAUGAUGCUGGUUCAGAUCUUGAGAAGGGCAAAAAGGUAAAUGACAGUGGUGGGGGUACAACUCAAAAUAUUCCAGCUAAUUCUAGCCCUAAUAAACCACCCAGAGAUGAUGCUGGUUCAGAUGUUGAGAAGGGCAAAAAGGUAAAUGACAGUGGUGGGGGUACAACUGAAAAUAUUCCAGCUUCUACCCCUACUAAACCACCCAAAGAUGAUGAAGGUUCAGAUCUUGAGAAGGGCAAAAAGGUGAAUGACAGUGGUGAAUUUCCUAAUGAGAAUGAGGGCACAAUUGAAAAUAUCCCAGCUGCUGCUACUACUCCACUUGAGACACCCAAAGAAGAAGAAGAUUCAAUUCAAGAAAAGGGCAAAAAGGGGAAUGGCAAUGGUGAUAUUAUCCCUAAUGACAGCAAGGGUACAAGUAAAGAAAAAGAAUAUGAUGAUGCAAAAGGAGAAGAAAAGUCUAAUUUUUUGGCAAAAGUUGGAAAGAGGGUGAAACAGAACCUGGGAAUUUUGAUAACAGUUAUCCUCAUUUUCUCUGCAGGUGUUUUAGUGUCUCAAGAUAAACGCAAAAAAGCCAAUAGUAAUGACCAAAUAUUAUUGGCUAAACUCGAUUCACAAAAUCAUAACCAUGAUGAUGAAUAGUAGAAAAUUAGCACAAUCCCUCUUCGCAUAACAAUGUUGGACACGAAUCAAUUUUACUUAUGCUUGUUUAAGUGGGUGAAAUCACAAAAUAUCUCAUUUCUCCAAUAUUUACUUCUUCACCGUCUUUAACCCCUAAGUUACGCCC